CCGUCCCCCGUGCUCGCCCCUCCCCCACGCCGCCGCCGCGCGCCCGCUAACGGCCCCGCGCCUCCAACCGAGGCGGCCCCGCCGGCUGGGCAGCGCGAGGCGCGGCGCGUGGGGGGCUGCGCCCCGCCCUGGGCGCGGGGGGAGCGGCGGCGGGCAGCCCCUCGCGAGGGAUUAACUACGAAGUCACAAUCAGUGUGAUCAGUGGUGGAAAAGCUCUAAGACAGAUGAUGCUACCAGCAUGGGAAGUGUAUCUCUAUGUGUUUGUUGCAGUUGGCUCUCACUUUUAUUCCUUCUAUGAAGUGUACAAAGUUUCUAGAAAGUAUGAAGACGAAAUUGACAGAAAUUUUGGAUUGGAACAGGGCAUUCUGUUUUGGGGGCUUAAAAAGGAUGCCCUGGAUUUCGAGUGGAGUUACUGGAUAGAAUGGGGAAGGGAACAUAUACUGUGGCUUCUGAUUGGUCAUCUACUGGUAUCACAAAUGUCCCGACUCCUUAUGGAAAAGUAUAAACCUUGGUGUCUGAUGGUAUAUGGAAUGGUCGCCUGCUGGUUUCUGUUAGGAAUCAAGGGCUUGGCAGUGAUUUUGCUACAUGCAAUUACUUCGUUUGCGGUGGCUCAGUUUAAGAUACCCAUCCUGACAUGGAUGUGCUCUCUUAUCCUGUUAUCCACUUUACGCAUACCAGCUGUAGAAGAAGCAAAGAGAAAAUGGUAUGACACUGAAAAUGAGUAUUAUCUGCUUCUGUUCACCAUGUCUGUUCGUUGCCUCUUCUAUACUAGUUUCAGCUUAGAAUAUUGUUGGCAUGGAUCUACCCAGAAAUCAUCCCAUUCAUUCCUGUGGAUGCUGGCAUACAUGUUUUAUUACCCUAUGUUCCACAAUGGACCCCUUAUGAACUUCGAUGAGUUUAGUAAGCAGAUGAGGAGGCAAGAAGCCUUCAGUUUGAAGACGAAUCUUGGAAUUUUAAUCGUGGGCAUAAUUCGCAUUUUCUUCUGGUGGUGCUUGGCUGAGCUGAUGAUUCACCUCAUGUAUAUCCAUGCUAUCUACAGCAGUUCUCCACCUUUGGAAGCUGUGUCAUACUGGGCUUUAGGUGGCCUGGCUUUAGCUCAAGUACAAUUUUUUUAUGUGAAAUACCUGGUUCUGUAUGGUGUUCCUGGCCUCCUCCUUCAAAUGGAUGGACUGAAACCUCCAGCUCUUCCUUGCUGUGUAAGCAUGAUGCACAGUUUCACUAAAAUGUGGAGAUGUUUUGAUGUCGGGCUACAUCGCUUUCUGGUCAGGUACAUUUACAUCCCAAUGGGAGGAUCUCAGGCUAGCAUGCUUGGGAUGCUCUUUUCCACAGCACUCACUUUUGCUUUUGUGAGCUAUUGGCAUGGAGGCCAGAGCUACCUUUGGUACUGGGGGACUCUUAAUUGGCUCGGAGUAAUUGUGGAAAAUGGCGUCAAGAGGCUACUCUCUGUUCCACUUAUUCAGCACUUAACUGAUCGUUUCUUCUCACCAAGAAUUCAUCGUCGACUGCAUGCUGUCCUGGCAUCUGUUUGCACUUCAAUGUUGGUUUUAUCGAAUUUAAUAUUUCUUGGAGGAAAUAAAGUUGGAAAAAUCUACUGGAACAGGAUCUUUAUGGAAGAUGAUGAAAAUCUGAGUCGUCUCCUGAAACUUGGCAUUCAAGUCUAAAAUCAAAUUACAGAAGUCAGUCAACAAAUCAUAAGAUUUAGGCUGGCCAUGGGCAACACUCUCUGUUCUUGGAUUCCUGUACUGCUACUCUCACGUUGGAAUUGAAUGGGAGCGUACGUACGUGGUGAAUUGAGGAUGACACAGAGGUUUGGUGUGAUGAAUGAUGAUUUUUAAGACAGUUCACAGGUUAAUGGCUUCUCUACACUGGAUAUACUGCCCAUCUGCAGAAGAAUGUGCCAAACAAACCAAAUAUAUGAUCACUGUGUUAAAACUAUAAGCUUAUUUAAUUGAUUCUGGAUUGCAAAUUCAGCAAUUAAACCAGAAACAUUGAUGGGCUAUGGCAGGGGACAGGGAGAAAAUAUGAAGCAUUUUGAAUUAUGUUAUAUUUAUAAAAUAGUAACUAUGUUUAAUUGAGAAUAUGCAUCUCAGAAUAGGUUUUUCACGUACCUUGAAGACUGUUUUUUUCCUUCCAAUGUUUUGCUGCCUAUUUUGACACAUUAAAGAAAACUUUUCUUCUCCUACAUUGCACAAAUCAAUAAUCACAAACUCUUUCAGCUUCUGUCCAGGGACACACCAGGUUAUACCCUCCACUCAUUUUAUUCCAUGAAGGGCAGGAUGCUCAUCAUUCCUUUUUGAUUGCUUUCUGGUUUAAGCUAGAAUAUUUCUGCUGUUCUCACUGACUGCAAUUUUUCAGCCUUAAACCAUUUUUUUUCUACUUACUGUAGCAAAGUCUGCUUUUUCUUUUGAAUUUCUUCAUUUAAAAUUCCUCAUUUAAACAAUUUCCUUUGCUAGUUUCAGGAUUUUUUUCUUUUUUUUUGAGGGAGCAUGGAGGGCAGUCUUUUCUUAAGGACCAGCUUUUCGUAUUAAUCAAAUAUGACCUUACAGUUCCUUGGGCUUUUAGUGCUCUCUGACUUGUAUUAGCGCUAAAGCAUGUAACAUUACCUCUGUUAUGGGGGGUGAAUCCCAUCUUCAAGGGAAUUGUUCAGUCUGCAUCCUAUUCUUUUCUGCUACAAAAGGAGAUAUUCCAGGUCUGUCUGAAUGGUAAAUCUAUUUAGUUUGCUUCAUUCUCUGGUGUCCAGGCAAUCAGCUCCCGCAAUAUUAAAGAUGUAGUAGGAGUGGCAUUUUUUAAGAGCUUCAAAAAGAACAGAAACCUCCAUUACAGUAGCACCAAACUAGCCAGAGCUGCAUGCCCUUUGCCCACAACCAGACCUGUUACAACAGCAUCUCUGCCAAAACGCAGGGUUGCCCAGAGCUGGGAGAAAUUCUGCCUGUCUGAUUGCAAGCAUCAAAGCUGUGAGAGUGCUCUUGCACACGCCAUUUUCUGAAGGAAAAGGAGAGCCUGCUCGGGUCUGGCACAAGGAUCGUUCCCCCAAGCAUCGAGCAGAUGUUCCUUUUUGAACAGAUAUCAAAGAGCAGCCUGGGGAACCUUUAGUCACAUGGUCUAGACUUUCCAUUAGGCACAGCAAAAGGUCACCAGCCCUAGAGGAGGCUUCUGCUGGCAGCCUCUUCCUGAACCCAAAGCAGAGCAACUUCUGUCAAAACUUGUUCUGGUGCCUUUGCAGCCGUUUCAGCCUGUUGGGAGGAGCAGUUAGCGUUGUCCCAGCCAUCACUACUGCAGCUUCAGAAGAGUUCGAUUGAAAUAAACCCUUUAACAAGCAAUUCAGUCCCCAAGGUAGACUUCAGCUUAGUCCUUGCAUUUCUGAUGUCUCUGCUGAUCAAAACUAUGACACCUUCCUUUUUCUCUUCAUUUGUUUAUGAAGAAGUAAGGGCAGAAACUUCAGCUUUCUACCUCUGAAACACUGGUAGCUCCCUCCAGAGACUAAGCCCAUUGCUUGCUGCUGCAAGGCAGCCCCUCCAGUCCUUCACAUUUAGGGGAGGGCUCCCCCCAUGAGAGUGCAGUGAUUUCCCUGGGAAGCCAUUCCUAGGUUGAACAGUGGCCUGUUGAAAGUCAGACUUACCAGGCAUGUGACCUGGCCAGAGACAUGGCUCUCCUGAUUGAUUGACUUACAGGGAUCCUCUCAAUCGCAAAGUGUACUGCUCUCAGCCUGUGACUUUUCUACCAGCAUCUGACAUUGACCUUCCUUCUGGAGCAGAACUGAGCUAAGGGCAAGAAUUCCCUGAAACUUGACUCAAACUUUGUAAUUAAAUAGAAUUAGCAUUGGAGUAAAAAGUCAUGAGUCUGUUCUUCAGUCUUAUUGAUUACCAUUAUUAUAUGAAACAACUGGCUACAAAGUGAUUAGAUAGAUAUCAAUUUAUAUGCAUGCAAAACUUCCCACUCAAUGUGGAAAUGACCUUGAAGGUCAACUAGAUUAUGCUUCUUUCUAAUUGUUUUUUUUAUAUGUAUUUUUUUUCCAGUGCUUUACACAUCUUCCACAGUUUUGUAUCCUUUUCUGUUUCUAAAAAAAUAAAGCUCAAACUUAGUGUUGGCUUGAGAA